AUGGAGACCAUUCUGUGCCUUCAAUGGAAGCAAAGCGCUUCACUUGGCAGAUUGGGAUGUUGCUACUAUUCAGGCACCAAUCUAGAGUUGCAACUGAUGGAGGACACUGUGGAAUCUGACAAGUUUGAGUACACUUCCAUGCUGCUUGCUCAAUUGUCACCUCAAACAAUUAUCCUCCCAGACCCUUCUGAUGAAAACCUAGUAGAGUUCUUGACAAGUGAACAUGGAGCAACUGCUACUUUGAUCAGGACAAGUAACAAAGAGUUUCUGUUUGACAAGGGACGUAUAACACUAUUGAACUGGUACAUCAGCCACAUCAACCAGCAGCAGGAGCAGCAGCCAUCAGCCAACACUGCUAUAUACACUGACACAGAAGAUACCGGCAUAGAAAACCAUCACAUCUACUUUCGAGACCAUGAAGAGGGCAUCAAGACGCAUGCGUAUUUACAGAUGGAGGGUCUUAUUGAGCUGGAGGAGAGCCAGUUGACUAUUGGUUGUGCUGGUGUGCUGCUGAAGCAUUUGGACAAGUUACAACAAGAGCGCAAUAUGCAAGAAGACGAGACUGGAGUGGGGCCAGAAGUAGUUCAACCCACUGUUAUCAAGGCAUUCUCAUGUAAUAGAUACAUGCAAGUCAAUUCAGACACAAUGAGAUCAUUGUGUAUAUUUGAAUCAGAAAGACAUCCCAACAUGCAUCAAAUCCAAAAAAAAGAGAUCCUGUCGCUGUUUGGCUUACUAAACAAGACAACAAGCGUGUUGGGUAAAGAAAUGCUGAGAGAAUGGGUAUCUCGUCCAAUGACCGACAAAAUGGCCCUCGAGGAUCGACAUCUAGCAAUUGGCUUGUUUAUGGCGUCCGAUAUGCGUGAUAAAAGCAUAGCACUGAGAUCCCAUUUGCGACACAUCAAGAACAUCCAUCGACUCUUGGUCAGAGUAAGGGAGAGCAAAGCAAAGACAAAUGAUUGGCAGUAUAUUUUAAAGUUUGCAUACUACACCAUCUGCAUCUUCAACGCACUUCAACCCAUCUUCAAUAGCCCAUACGCCCAAUGUCUACUCAUCCAAAAAUUCAAAAAGCGAUCAUCUACUGUAAAGGCAAUGCAAGAAGCAGGCUCUGUUAUUGACAGUAUCAUUGAUUUCGGUGCAAGUAAAGCAGAAGCUCAGACCAUCGUCAAGAAAGGAGUCGAUAAUGAACUGGACAUGUUAAGAGAAGAAUACGAAAAGCUGAACGAUACGUUGCUUCGAGUGUCGCAGGAGAUCGGAUCGGCAUUACCUAUUGGUCUGAGUGCUGCCUUGAAUGUGGUUUAUUUUCCUCAAUUGGGCUAUCUGAUUACCUUGCCUCAGUAUCAUCUACAACGCAACUCUGGAUUGAGUAGUGCAAGUAGUAGUUAUUGUGAUAAUAGCAACGUUACUGAAUACUACCAGAGAAAUUUGCCAGGCUUUGAGCUUCAGUUUUCGACAGCAGACAACUUGUAUUACAAAAAUGACAGGACAAAAGAACUGGAUGCUACUCUGGGAGAUCUCCAUGCCAUGAUUUCAGACAGAGAAAUAGAGAUCUUACAAGAGCUAUCAACUACAGUCCUACAGUAUUCAACACAAUUUAUUGAAAUCUCUGAAGCUUUGUCCGAACUUGAUUGCUACGUCAAACCCAAUUUGACUAUGGACAACUCACUUGAUGUUGUAAAAGGAAGGCAUCCAUUGCAAGAGCUUUCUGUUGGUAUUUUCAUUCCAAAUCAUACACACCUCAAAGGCGGCCAAGGGUUCAAGAGUCAGCGCCCAGAUGUCCAAUACUCAAGCGCAUUCGAUAGCUUGCGAGAUACAGCAUCUUCUCGCCUCAAUUCAGCAGGCAGAGACAGAAGGAUGGGUGAUGACACCAAUAGCAUUCAGAUCGUAACAGGAGCCAACUUCUCUGGCAAAAGCGUGUAUUUGAAGCAAGUGGCUCUCCUUACAUACAUGGCACAUGUUGGGAGCUUUGUACCUGCAGAAAGAGCUACUAUUGGCAUCACAGACAAGCUAUUUACUCGAAUCCAGACAUCAGAAACCGUUUUAAAGCCUCAAAGCGCCUUUGCAUUCGAUCUACAGCAAAUCAACCGAGCUUUGCAAAAUGCAACAUGCCAAAGCUUGGUUAUCAUUGAUGAAUUUGGAAAGGGAACCGAUAUAGCAGAUGGAUCAGCAUUAUUCUGUUCUGCUCUAGGCUAUUUUCUUUCCAAAGGUGAUCAAUGUCCCAAAGUGAUUGCUAGCACACAUUUCCAUGACCUUGUUUGCAAAAACAUCCUUUCGGUUCAAGAUGGUAUCACAUUAUCUCAAACUGAAAUCAUGAGCCAAAAUAUGCAGAAUCAAGACAAUAACAAAGAGGGAUUACAUUUGGAAUUAGUGCCUGGAAAAGAGAGUGAAGUCGUGUUUCUGUAUCGCAUUGUGCCUAGUAAUGGCGAUUCAAAAUCACAUGGUCUGUGGUGUGCAAGUAUUGCAGGAUUUCCAGCUCAUACCAUCGAAAGAGCCGCGUAUCUCACUCGCAAAUUCAAGAACAUGGAGCCCAUUGAAAAGAUACAAACCGAGCAAGAGGAAGAAAAGUAUAGGCUGUUGGAGAUCAUACGCGAUGAUUUCGUAACAAAAAACAUCAGUGAUCAGGAUAUUUCACAAUUGAUCCCUUCCAUAAACUCCAUCUUUAUCUAA